GUUGUGACAGUCGGAAGGGAAAUUUGUUGACCGACCUUUGAAGAAGCUGAACUGUUGUUAUCCAUAUUUACAGACUUUCUGAAAACUAUGGGGCGACAGUAAUACAACUUUUCCAUAUUAUUCACACAAACAGUCACCACGGGAGGCUUAACCAUGUCAGUAAACCGCUGUGUGAGUUUGUUUUCCCGGCUUCAGCGCCACAUUAGCUCCCAGGCUGCUCGCAGUCCCGUGUCCACACGGUCCGGUUCGUCGGUGAGACAACAUCAGGCUGCUGUUGUUGUCUGUAGCAGAGGUGUUUCAUCUAACAGCUCUUCUCCUAAACCUCCGGAUACUUCGUUGUUUGUGCCCGUGUCCCUAAAGGCUGAGUCCUCGGCGGAUGGCAGCGUGGGAGCAGAGCUAACCCAGCCCCUGGAUAAAAAUGAACUUCUGAAAGUUGUGAACCGGUUUUAUAAGAGGAAAGAGAUGCAGAAGUUGGCAGCAGACCAUGGACUGGACGCUCGUCUGUUUCAUCAGGCCUUCAUCAGCUUCAGGAAACAGGUACUGGAAAUGACAUCACUCCCUGCUGACCUACACAUCGUCCUCAGUGAUAUCUGCUGUGGAGCAGGUCACAUCGACGACAUCUACCCAUACUUCAUGCGUCAUGCAAAGCAGAUCUUUCCCAUGUUGGACUGUAUGGACGACCUGAGGAAGAUCUCAGACCUCAGAGUCCCGGCCAACUGGUACCCCGAGGCUCGUGCCAUCCAGAGGAAGGUUGUUUUCCAUGCUGGUCCCACUAACAGUGGAAAAACCUACCACGCCAUCCAGCGCUACCUGGCUGCUAAGUCUGGAGUCUACUGUGGGCCCCUAAAGCUGCUGGCCCACGAGAUCUUUGAGAAGAGCAAUAGUGCUGGAGUACCAUGUGACUUGGUUACUGGAGAGGAGAGAACAUUUGUGGAUGUGGAUGGUCGAGCCUCUGGUCAUGUGGCCUGUACCAUCGAGAUGUGCAGCGUCACCACCCCCUAUGAGGUAGCUGUUAUUGAUGAAAUCCAGAUGAUCAGAGAUCUUUCUAGAGGCUGGGCCUGGACAAGAGCAUUGCUAGGUCUCUGUGCAGAGGAAAUCCAUGUAUGUGGGGAACCUGCUGCCAUAGACUUUAUCAAGGAACUGAUGUACACCACUGGGGAGGAGGUGGAGGUCCACACUUACCAGCGUUUAACUCCAUUCGCAAUCUUGGAUCAUGCUCUGGAGUCACUAGACAAUCUAAGACCAGGAGACUGUAUUGUUUGCUUCAGUAAAAAUGACAUCUACUCCAUAAGCAGACAGAUUGAAGCAAGAGGAUUAGAAUGUGCUGUCAUUUAUGGGAGUUUACCUCCAGGUACAAAACUGUCUCAGGCUAAAAAGUUCAAUGACCCUGAUGACCCCUGCAAAAUACUAGUGGCUACAGAUGCCAUUGGCAUGGGCCUUAACCUGAGUAUAAAACGUAUUAUUUUCAAUACUCUGGUAAAGCCUAAUGUUAAUGAGAAAGGGGAAAAACAAAUGGAAACCAUCAGCACUUCACAGGCUCUGCAGAUAGCAGGCCGUGCCGGCAGGUUCUCAUCCAAGUUUAAAGAGGGAGAAGUGACGACAAUGCACAGAGACGACUUACCCGUCCUGAAGGAGAUCCUCAGUCAUUCAGUGGACCCCAUAGAGACCGCAGGUCUCCAUCCCACCGCUGAACAGAUAGAGAUGUUUGCAUACCAUCUGCCUGAUGCAACUCUGUCCAACCUUGUGGACAUAUUUGUCAGCCUCUCUCAGGUGGAUGGAAUGUACUUUGUCUGUAACAUUGAUGACUUUAAGUUUCUGGCUGAUAUGAUUCAACAUAUCCCUCUGAACCUGAGGUCCCGCUACGUCUUCUGCACAGCUCCCAUCAACAAGAAGCAGCCUUUUGUGUGUACGUCUUUCCUAAAGUUUGCCCGUCAGUUCAGUCGAGACGAACCACUGACAUUUGACUGGGUCUGUCGUCACAUCAGCUGGCCACUGCCUCCACCUAAAAACAUUAAAGACCUGGUUCACUUGGAAGCCGUUCAUGACGUGUUGGAUCUUUAUCUCUGGUUAAGCUACCGUUUCAUGGACAUGUUUCCAGACACAGCCUUCAUUCGGCAAAUCCAACAGGAACUAGACGACAUUAUCCAACAAGGCGUCAGAAACAUCACGCGUCUCAUCAGAGCCACAGACACAAAUGUCACUGACCCACUACAAACACAACAGAAUUCCAGGUCUGGCCACAUUGGAUCUGCUAAUAACAGCGGACGUACAGUCAGUAAUUAUUCUACCGGUGGCAGAGGUCUGAGAGGUCAAAGGAGCUCCGGAAUGGACAGUUCUCUGGCGAGUCGCCUGGUGAGAGACGGACUGCUGACCCCUGAUUUGCUGCAACAGUUGCAGAAAGAAUGGUCGAAAGAGCAGGGGCAGGAUUUCAGCAAUCGGAGGGAAUCCGAUACAGGCCAUUACAAUGACAAAGGGAAAAAGAAAAAGAAGAAAUGAUCGAACACGUGUCUGAUCCUGUGGAGUUGAUUUAUGUGUACAAGGCUUGUAUGGAAUGAAUCAUGUGAAGCAGGUCUCAGGAUGUAUGCGAUGAACUGAUCAGAGUAAGCAUUUAGUGUGAGCUCUAAAAAUGAAACUGGCUCAAGGGAGUUUGGACAUCGUUAAAGCCAUGUGGUGUGGAAUGAGGUUGUGUCAUUGAAGACGUACUUAGACUCUAAAGCCUCACACUGUGUUCUCCAAUUUACAGAAAACUACCUGUAAUGAUGAAAAUGUAGUUAAUCUGUAUCAAUGUCCUUCCUGUAAAAUCCUUAAGCAUUUCUAAAAGCUCAAAAACACAAUGAAACUAGUCGCCACUGAAGUGUAUAAGUCUGAUCCACUCUGCAGCACAUGUACUGACUUCUACUGAGGUGUGAGUUUUUAAGUAGGACUGUGACUGAGAAAUGUGUGUGGAAUUCAUGUCUGUGUGCAUUUUGUUCAGUUCUUACAGUGGAGUCUACAAUCAUCCAGAUGAACAGGUUCGACUGAACACUCAUCAUACAUGAUGUACAGACCGUACUGAGUGCAGCCCUGUGGAAUGUAUAGAAAAUGCCCUAUUUUUUUCUUGUUUGUACAUUUAAGAUGAUAUUACUCAAUUAAAAACUAUUGUUUAAA